GUUAUAUAAAUGUAGGAAGCGUGAAUUUAGGUAUUAAUACUAGGAACAUACCGAGAAUAAUCCACAAGUACACAUAAGCAAGCAUAGUUGAAAAUGUCAGACACUAUAACAGUAGCACAGAAAACUCAACGGGCAAGAGAUGCUUACAUGCAGCUCUUCUCGGAUACUUUUGCAGACGAACUUGUGGAAAUAUACGAGCAAGAUGGUAGCACCGAUGCGAUGCAGCACCUCAAGGAUUGCAUUGAGUGCGGUGUCUCAGUAUGGGGUUUUCCAUUGGUACUCCCUAAUCCGCUCGAGAACUAAUAAUUGUUGUAGAUAAUGUAAACUAAUAAUAGUUUACAUUGUAUGCCCUACGUGCGGAUAAGCGAUUAAUUGUCAAAAAGUGCAUUCU